AUGCCUCUCCGGUGCGGUCCCCGCGCCCCCGGCCUGGCCCACGGCAGCUGCGCCGAAUCAAAGCCGCACGGACAGCCCUGCCAUCAGACGGGCCUAAAUCGGUGCCUGAAGCACCGCAGGCGAGGAAGCCUGCUCGGAACAUCGCGUUGCGCCGUGUGCGCGUCCGCUUUUUCUGCUCCUGUAGACGGGGGGUCCGAAAUCUUCGAGGGCGCUUCUGGGUCCGAGGCGGUUGCGUCCGGCGUCUUGGAGGUGACAGAGGCCCUGGCGAGCGCCGAACAGGCCGCCUUGAAGGCCGAGAAGGCGGUUGACAGGGUCCGGAGACUGCCCAGCGCCUGGCCAGACCCUCUGGUUGUGAAAUAUUUGAAGCGGCUCAGAGACUCGUUGCCAACAGCGGGACUGUUGCUCUUUGCCAUCCUUGUGGGCUCCCACAUGAUGGGAGCACAAUUCCAGUUUAUUGGCGGCUUCAUUGGUGCAUUGCUUAUUGCCAUCUCCCAGUACUUGAAGAGGACACUUUCGAUGUCAGGGGCAAUAGCGGCCUUCUUUGUUGGAGGUGCCACAAUGGCAACCAACUGCCGUUGUGGAGCAACCCUUCUUGCCUUUUUCUUCAGUUCCUCUAGGCUCACCAAGUUGAAGCAGGAAAGGAAAGCGCUGCUGACAGAGCACAAAAUGGAUGGGCAGCGAGACUGGAAACAGGUCAUAGCGAAUGGUGGCGUCCCGGCCAUUUUGUCCUGUGCAAUUGGAGUCCUGGCAGACUUCAAGAACGUGCCCCUGAGCUCGAGCUGGUCAACUGCUGUUACUUCCUUGCUGGGGGCGUUCUUGGGGUAUUAUGCCUGUUGUUGUGGCGACACAUGGGCGUCAGAGGUGGGGAUGUUGAGUACUGACACACCGCGUCUGAUCACAUCGGGUCGACCAGUUCGGAAUGGGACCAAUGGCGGUGUUACGCUGCUGGGGUUAGCAGCUAGCAUGGCGGGAGGGCUCUUCAUUGGGGCAGUGUUCUAUGCGUUCGGAUUGGUGGGGGGUGCAGCAGCAGUAUCGUCCAUUGAGACUCCAGUUUCCCAGUGGUGGCUUCUUCCUCUCGGCCUGCUGGGCGGGCUGGCUGGAUCUAUCAUCGACUCCAUUUUGGGAGCCACCCUUCAAUUCAGCGGUUUUAAUUUGAAGACACAGAAAGUUGUUAAUCGCCCUGGGCACCCCAACGAAGUGAUGCACAUCAGCGGGCUGAAUAUUCUGUCGAACAACCAGGUCAAUCUCGUUUCGGCCUCCUUAACUGCCCUGCUGGUGUCGAAAAUCGCCCUUUUGAUCUUUUAA